AGCUUUAGAAUGACUGUGAAACAUCUCUUUGUGGAGCACAGCAAGGUGAAUGAGCGAGGCACCUUCUCUCCGGGGGACACCCUCUCUGGACAGGUCAUUGUGGUGACGACAAAGGAGACCAAGGUUCAGUGUUUUUUUGUCAGAGCUAAAGGAAAAGCCAAGGUAACAUGGUGUGAAAAAGAUGGACAAUCCACAGUGGUCCACACCGACAAGAAGAAGUACUUCUAUUUUGAACAUAUAAUUCUACAGGAUAAAAACAAAGGAGAUGGUUCAGAAAUAAUUGGACCUGGAAGAAAUGUGUUUCCAUUCACCUUUUCGAUUCCAAAUAAAGAUAUGCCUUCAUCCUAUAAGGGAAAAUGGGGCAGCGUUACAUAUAGUUUGCGAGCACAGUUGACCCAGUCAAUCUGGCUCAUUCACAAAACAAAGACCGAGUUCCCUUUUCUGACCAAGUCUGAGUUUCCUUUUGCUUCUAAAUCAGAAAUGAUGAUCAUCGGACUAAAGGAACAGCAACAAGCGACCAGAAUUUCAUUCCUUGGCUUUGGAAAGGUGACUAUGAACGUUACCACAGAGAAAAUGGGACUCAAGCAAGAUGAGGCCCUGGGAGUUUCUGUAGAAAUAACCAACGAAUCAGCCCAGACAGUCACCCCUAAGUUCUACCUGUGUGAAAAGCAGACUUUUGUCGCCAAGUCGAAGAAGAUAGUUCACAAAAAUGACAUUCUGUUUGGGACGGGAGACCCUGUUCCACCUGAGACCAUUCAGUUUACAACAAGGGUUCUAAGUAUUCCUCCACAGCUUCCCCCAACCUUCUUGAACUGCUCCAUGAUGAAUCUGGAGUAUAGAAUCAAGGUCACCCUCGACGUGCCUUUGGGAAGAGACCCAGAAAUCAAACUCCCCCUGGUCAUUCUCUUGGGUUCACCAAAACCACAUCAACAAAAACCAAAGAGAUCCAUCUGGUUCAGAAAUCUUCCUGGUUAA